ACAGCUAUAUCUUACCGAUGGGAACGAGAUUGUAUACAUCUGCUGGCCCUAAAUAUGAGUCAAUAAGAUACGCCCUCGACACAUUGGCAAAUCAUUCACGAUUCACAUCGAUAACGGAGCAGUCGUUCUUUGGAAAAUGUCGUCACGUAAAGUUUAUAGCUCGGCUGGGGUAACAGGUUACCAUUUGGGAAGUAAUGAGGCCAGAAUUUCAAAGAAGCAUGCUAGGCCAUCUGAUGCUAUAGGAGUCCAGAAAAACCAAGCGAUCAUAGCACAUUUGAAAAGGGAAGGGCAACAAUUUGAAGACCCUGAUUUCCCAGCCACAGAUGAAGCCCUCUUCUUCAGCAGGAAGCCCCCGAAGCCUUUUGUAUGGAAAAGACCAUCGGAAAUAUGCGCGGACCCGAAAUUAUUUGUUGGAGGCGCUAGUCGAUUCGAUAUCGUACAGGGAAUCUCUGGUGACGUAUGGCUUUUAGCAGGCAUUGCCAGUCUGUGUCAAUACGAAGCCCUAUUGUACCAGGUCAUACCUAAAGACCAAGAUUUAAGCUCGAACCAGGGAGCGAUUAGGUUCCGUUUCUGGCAGUAUGGAAGAUGGGAAGAAGUCAUCGUGGAUGAUCGAUUGCCAACUUACAACAAUAAGCUGGUCUUCAUGCAUUCUGCAGAAAAGAAUGAAUUUUGGAGUGCCCUCCUCGAAAAAGCAUAUGCGAAGCUAGCAGGCAGCUACGAGGCACUUAAAGGUGGACAAACUUCUGAGGCGAUGGAGGACCUUACUGGUGGCGUGGUCGUAACUUUCAACCUCCAAAAACAACCUGCGAACCUCUUCAAGAUUCUUUUGAAAAACCAAGACAGGCAGUCCUUGAUGUGCUGUAGCAUUGAAGCUAAGCCGAAUGAAAUUGAGGCAAAAAUGGAUAAUGGCCUGAUAAAAGGACACGCUUACACUGUUACUGCUGUGAGAAAGGUACACGCCAGAACAAGAACAGGACAACAUGAUGUCGAACUUAUUCGUAUCCGUAAUCCAUGGGGGAAUGAGCGUGAAUGGACUGGUCCUUGGAGUGACAGAUCCAAUGAGUGGAGCUUAUUGUCCGAAGAAGAGAAGAAGAAUUUGGGUUUGUCCUUCGAUCAUGAUGGAGAGUUCUGGAUGAGCUUCGAUGAUUUUACGAAGAACUUCACCACAGUGGAGGUGUGUAUGCUUAGCCCUGAUAGUGCUGGAGAAGAGUCCAAAAAAAGAUGGGAAAUGCAAAUUAAUCAGGGAAGCUGGCAAAAACAUGUUAGCGCUGGCGGAUGCCGUAAUUUCCCGGACUCGUUCUUCCUCAAUCCGCAGUACAGAGUGAAACUGGAAGACCCUGAUGACGAUGACGAUGUGGAUAACUGUACCCUUGUGAUUGAAUUGACGCAAAAAGGGCGAAGGAAGCAAAAGCGAGUUGGUUCACAGAAUCUGACCAUCGGCUUCUCUGGUUAUGAGGUUGGAGAUGAUGCUGCUGAGUACGAGAGCGAUGGUCGCUUGAACAAAGAUUUCUUCCUGUACCACAAAUCCUUCUUCCGAUCGGAAAACUUUGGUAACGGCCGUAGCGUCUGGGGCCGUUAUAGCCUGCCUCCGGGGGAAUACGUCAUACUACCGAGCACGUUCAAAAGUGAAGAGGAAGGCGACUUUCUUCUGCGUAUGUUCUCUGAAAAGUCGGCCGGCUCCAGUGCGAUGGAUACAGAAACUCAAGUUACAUACAAGCCAAAAAAGUCGACUGAAGCUGAAAAUGCCCAAUUUGAUGCUAAGUUCAAGUCCUUCUUUGAUAAAGUCGCUGGAGCAGAUGAUGAAAUUGAUUCAUUUGAACUGCAACAGGUUUUGAAUGCUGCAUUCAAAAAAGAGACCGGCGGAAGAGAUUGCAGCCUGGAAGCAUGCAGAAGUCUUGUUGCAUCGGUUGAUCGUGAUCGAAAUGGGAAACUGGUUUAUGAGGAGUUUAGGGAAAUGUGGCAGGAGGUCAUGAAAUGGAAGACAAUUUUCUCCGACUAUGAUAAAGAUAACAGUGGAGACAUGAACGCUGUGGAAAUGCGUGGUGCGCUUUCGAAGUUGGGCUUUAGACUGUCCACCCCGGCCCUGUCGUCCGUUGUUCUGCGGUAUGCUAACAAGAAAGGUCGCGUCAGCCUCGACGAUUACAUCCAAAUUUGCGCUCGAGUGAAGUCUGCAUUUGAGAGCUACCUUUCCUACCAGGGAAAGAGUUUCUCCCUUGACGACUACAUUAUGUCGACCAUUUACACCUAAGGAGGACUAAACGGACCGACGACAGAUUGGAUGGCGAUCAUAUUGGCCCUCUACGUGCAUAAUGAUUAACCACGUUCUUUCGCACAUGUAUCAAUUAACUAUUAUUAGCCUGGUGGAUGUCUGAGGUGAAGGAACUGUACGUGACUAACACAAACAUUAUAUCCUUUGUAUACAUAUCUCCAAAGUCGGAUUAGUUAAAAAAAACCUCCAACUUGGAUUUCCUCAAUUUUUGAAUGAAAUUGCCACUUUUCAACCCCUACCUGGCGGUCGCAGUUUUUGGAGGAUUGUAUUGGUUAGGGUCUCAAAAUGAUGCUAAUGCUCCAUUUUACUACCCACCCACUGGAUUGGCCUAAGCUCUACCAUGGCAACACUCAUUACUUAUUCAUGUGUGUGUACACUAGCGGCACAUAGGGGGAGAAAAGAACACUACAGGACCAUUGCCCCAAAAUUGGGCUCAGUUGUAAAGCAGCUCUACAUACAAUACAACAUGGUGAUGAAGUGCUUAACUGAAAGACUAAGAAGUAAAUGCCAUUGGGUAGUAGGGAGGAAAUGCAGCUCAGUGGUACAAGAAUUGUCAGAAUCGGUAGACUGGUGUCUGAUCUGAAGCUGUCGAAAGAAAGGCUAUAUUUCUGGGUUUCAAGUUAAAGGUUUUUUUAAACUAAUCCGUCUUUGAUAUCUCCUAGGCCUACGUGUAUCAUGGCCUUUGUACCAAACACUAUUGUCAAGAUGAUGAAUCUGGAGAUGUUCUUCUGUAUUACCAAACCUAUCAGAUUGGUUGUGGAUAUCCAAACAAAAGGAAAUGUAAAGCUAUUGCAAACACGUUCUAGUUUUGUCGAUCUACGUUGGUCUAUGAAAUCCAUCAAGAAGUCGGAGAUGGUCUCACUCAGCAGGUGUAAAAUCACGCGCCGGCUUGAACUUUGGUAAGCUGUAUGCUCGACGAAAACGAACUGUGUGGGACUCUGCAACUUAUUUGAAUUACUUAAGUACCAAGUACUCAAAAAAACUGGAACACACUCAAUAAAACUGAAUAUAUCGGCGAUACGGGUGAAGGGUAUGUCAAAUUUGCUUAUUUUUAAUCUGACAUUGGCUAUUGGUUAUUUAAUAAUGAAAUUAUCCACGUCCUUAGGGCCGCAGUGCGAAAAAAUUUUAGUCAUUUUUGUCAUAAAAAAUCUAUUUUCACAACCUCCAGGUCAGGUUAAAGUUCCAAAUUAAGUGAAAAAUCUUCAGCAGAUUUCAUCAUGAAUAGAGAUGUGAAAUGCAGGUAAUUCGGUGAAAAAUUGUAACUCACAAUAGCCGUGUGAUUUAUUGUUUUCAGAAGAAUACUAUCUUAGGGUUAAUAAAUUCCUUAUAGCUUAGA